AACCAGCUCCUUGCGAAAGGCUUGCUGUUUAUAGAGGAGAAGGUUAAGCUCUGUGAAGGUGAGGAUCGCAUUGAUGUCCUGUCUGAAAUGUGGGAUCACUAUUUUACAGAGACUCUUCCUACACUCCAGGCAAUAUUCUACCCAGUCCAGGGUCAGGAGUUGACUAUCCGUCAGAUUGCACUUCUUGGCUUCAGAGACUUGGUCUUGCUAAAAGUAAAGUUGGAAGAAAUUCUUCCUCUGGUCCAGACAAAGCUCCCAGCUUCCAUUGUCCAGAUGCUGUUAAUUCUGCAGAGUGUCCAUGAGCCUACUGGCCCCAGUGAGGGCUACCUACAGCUGGAAGAACUCGUCAAGCAGGUGGUAUCGCCGUACUUGGGUUUGUGUGAGGAUCACAGCUUCUCUGGUAGCACCUGCUUGCUUG